CCCGUGUUCAGCUACAUGAGUUGACGGUUUCAAUUGUCUCAAUGGAUCCCAUGCAAGCAAACUUUGCAAUCCUAUUCGUCUCGUUUUCAUUACUCGCUCAAUCGGGUAUACUACUACUAACACGCAAAAUCAUAUACAAGCGAAGAGUCUAUGUAGCAUCCAAGAUGCACAAGACAGAGCUCUCGCCGACCCUCCAGGGAUAUUAUUCUCUUUACCAUAGCCUCCCUCAGGCCUAACUGCAAUGCAUAAUCCAUGAUAUCGCCUGGUGCCUCCUGAAGACCUGUCUUCCCCAUAUGCGCUGUAAAAUCCCAUCUAAAAC